AUGGACAAAUCUGAAAAAAUCGCAUACGUUUCUGUUUUGUCUCUUCUCUCACUUUCUCUUCUUCUUCUCAUCGUCUUCCUCUUCUUAUUAUGCAGAAAGAAACCGAUCCGGUCAGACGAAUCUCUACUUCCAGAAACCAAACCGGCCGGUCAUGCUUAUCCCUUGACAGAGUUAGAUUCGGCAACCGACGGAUUUAACCAGCGACGAAUCCUCGGUAGCGGUCGGUUAGGAACGGUUUACGCAGCGGUUCUUCCAGAGCACAAAAAUCUCGUCGCGGUUAAAAGAAUACAUCCCGGUUUGGUUUUGAGUAAACCGGGUUUCGGUUUCUCCACGGUUCUCAAAACGCUUUCUUCUUCUCAUCAUCCCAACGUCGUCUCGAUCGUAGGGUUUUCGGAAGCUCCCGGAGAGAGGAUCGUGGUAACGGAGUUCGUCGGAGAGGCGAGAAGUUUGAGUGAUCACUUACACGGAGAUUCCGAUCUCGAAACGGCGGUUUCUACCGUUGAUCUUGACUGGCGGAAACGUUUCAAAAUCGCGGCGGCAGCGGCGAGGGGUUUAGAGUAUCUGCACGACGUUACAAACCCUAGAAUCGUCCACGGUCGAUUUACGUCGUCGAAUAUAUUGUUGGAUGAGAAAUUCGCGGCAAAGGUUUCGGAUUACGGAUUUGGGUUUUUGAUUCCGCGUGAGAAAUCGGAGAUUUCUGGGUACAUUGAAGAAGGGUAUUGUAAAGAGAGCGAUGUGUACGGAUGCGGCGUCGUUUUGCUGGAGAUUCUGAGUGGGAGAAGAAGCGAAAACGGGUUGAUUGUGAAAUGGGCAACGCCUCUGAUCAAAGAACAGAGAUUCGGUGAGCUUUUGGACCCGAGAGUUGUUGUUCAGAGUGAAACUAAGUGUUUGGUGAUAAGAUUAGCGAAAGUCGCUUUGGCCUGCGUCGGGAAUUCGCGGAGGAGCCGGCCGCCGAUUUCUCAGGUGGCGGCGAUUUUGAACAGUUUAGAGAGGGAAGGGGGGUGA